AUGGGUAAAUGGAUUUUAAAAAAUCGUGAUAGUUUAGGUGACAUAAUAGUUGAGAAUUUAGAAAAUGCUAAUGAAGUAAAUGACGAGACUAAAACUUGUGUGGAUGAAGAAAUUGGUGAUAUAAUUGAAAAUGACAGUGAAGUGAGUGUGAAUGAAAAAAAUGAUCAUAUAUUUAAUGAACCAAAUUUAGAUGUUGAUAUUUAUGAUCCAAGGGUUUGGGAUGGUUUAGAUGCAAAGUUUAUAGAUUUGCUCGUAGAAAAAGGUCCUAAAAGACAAUCAAAUUUAGAAUAUCCUAUUGAUAAACUUGGUAGGCAUUUUUCUUCAAUUUUUUAUAUUCGUGUAUUAUCAAAUGGUGAAAAACAUGAUAGAAAUUGGCUUGUUUACUCUAAGGAUUUAGAUAAAGUAUUUUGUUUUUGUUGCAAGUUAUUUAAAACAAUGCCUAGUAGAAGCUUAUUAGCAACUGAAGGAAUUUGUGAUUGGAAACAUCUUAGCGAGAAACUUACACAACAUGAAAAUAGUAAAGAACAUCUCAUGAACUUAAGAAGUUGUGUUGAGUUACGAAUUCGAUUGAGCAAAAAUCAAACAAUUGGUAGAGAAAUACAAGAGCUAAUUAAACAAGACACUCAACAUUGGAAACAAGUUAUGCUUCGAAUAAUUGUUGUUGUGAAAUGUCUUGCAAUACAUAAUUUAGCAUUUCGUGGUACAAAUGAACGACUUAAUGAAGAUACAAAUAGAAAUUUUUUGGGUUUAAUUGAAAUAAUUGGAGAGUUUGAUCCAGUGAUGCAGCAUCAUUUUCGUCUUAUUCAAGAUAAAAAAUUCAUUAUCAUUAUCUUAGCCAUAAAAUAG